GUAAACUAGUUUCUCAUUAACUGGGAGAAUUUAUACACAAUGUUAUCCGAGCGAUUGACUGAAAUAACUAAUGCUAUUGAUCGAACACCGCCUAAAAGAUAUACUGAAGCAAUCACCAAUCUAAUGUCAUUUAUCAACAAUGUAGAAGGUUUUCUAUUGUCAGAACAUAUAAUUAUAUCGGGUGAGAAAAUUAUGGAAGAGCAAAUAAAAAGAUUUAAAAAUAUACAAAACUCGUUGAGAGAACAGGAAGAAACUUUCAAAUAUGUUAACUCUACUGGACAAGAUUUAAUAGCAAAGAUAAAUGAUGAUUCUUUAGUACAGCGACUUAAAGAUGAAUUACAGGAUUUAAAUACUAAAUGGAGUGAUAUUCCUAUUAUUUUGGAAGAGAAACAACAGACUCUUACCAAAGAUAUUACAAUUUUGCAAACAUUUAAUACCGAACUUUUUACCCUUGAAUCUUGGUUGGAAAAAUCAUCAUUAUAUUUAGAAAAUUUAUCCAAAGAUGACAUUACGGAUAAUAUUGAAACAACAGAACAUAAAUUACAACAAAUUCACUCAUUUUCUCAAGAAAUAGAUAAAACAAAACCGCAAAUAGAAGCACUUCGAUUAUCAGCAAAUGAUAUACUUGAGAAAUCGGAAGCUAAUUUUACAAGUUUGUUAAACAACAAAUUGGAAGCUGUAACAUAUAAGUGGAACACAAUUGUUAAUGAGACUAAAAGUUUAAACGACAAAUAUGAAAGUGCUUUAAAGAAAAAUGAUAAUAUUAUUAAUGGUAUAGAAGAUUUCACAAAGUGGUUGUCAAGUUUAGAAAAAGAAAUACCAGUAGAAUCAAGAAUAACGUCAUCAGUUGAACUUUUUCAAGUUCGUGGUCGGUAUCAAGCAUUAAAAGACAACAUUGAUAAACGAGUGGAAGAAUUUAGAAAUUUGAACGAAAUGGGAAAUGAUAAACUACUAAGUUCAGAAGGAUCAUCCGUACAAGAGCUUGGUAGACGUUUCACUUUUUUAAAUGCGCGAUGGACGGAUGUUACAGAUCGUAUAUACGAACGCUAUAGACAUUUACAAAAUGCUAGUCAUGAGUAUGGAGAAUUUCGUGCUUUAGUCGCACAGGAAAGUGAUUGGUUGGAUAAGCUUGAUAAGCGAUUAAAAAAAUCGCCUAAAGCUGCUGCAGAUGCAGAAGAAAUUUCAGAAGAACUGGAUGAUUUAGAAAAUUACAUACGAAAUCAUCCGGAAUCUAGACUUGAGAAAAUUCAAGAAAUUGGUAAACAACUUAUUGACAGUAAUAUCAUGACUCAUUCUAUUGAAACAGACGUAGAGGGAUUAACAAAUCGAUGGGAAAACUUAAACAAGCAGGCAGGGCAACGGGCCAAGCUGUUGGAAGGAUCAGUGAAACAAGCUCAACAAUCGGAAGGGCGUAUUCUUGCCCUUCAGCAUUCUUUAACACAAAUAGACUCCGUACUAACUGCACGUCUUGAUUGCGACCUCACUGCUGAUGAUUUGCCUCACGAUUAUCAGAAAUUAAUGGAAGAAUUAGAACAACAGCAUGCUACGCUCGAGGAAAUGGCAUCACAAAUUGAAUCGUACAAAGCUUCUGGUAAACAAGAAGCGGCACUUCGACUCCAAGAACAAAUGUCCCUGAUUGAACAGAAAUAUGCUAAAGUACAAAGAAAGUUUCAACGUUUUCGUUGUCCAACCAAUAUAGAACCUAGAUUAUCGAGAGCUUUACGAGAACUCAGGGGAAUAGAAGAAGCAACUUGUUUGCUAGAAUUAUCAUCAGAAGAUCCCGAAGUCAUCGAGGGUCAAUUAAAACAUUGUCUGCGCUUCUAUCAAACUUUAAGUGAAAUUAAGAGUGAAAUUGAAUGUAUAAUUGUAACUGGAAGAAAAUUAGUUGAAGAUAAAGCUAUUCCCGAGUCCGACAAAUUUUCAAAGCGAAUAGAUAUGUUAAAAGAAUUAUAUAAUAAGCUUGGUCUUCACAUAACGGAAUUCAAAUCCAUAUUAGAAUCAGCAUUAGACUUGUCACGCGACAUGCAUAAAAGUAUGGCGUAUAUUAAUAUGUCUGUCGAAAGUAUAAAUAAGGAAUUAGAUACCCAAAAAAGUCUGCCUGAUCUGCCGGUGAAUGCGAUAUAUGUACAAGAGACUCUGACCGAAGUAAUUCCGCGUCUCAAUGUUAUAAGAGAUAAAUUGUUUGUAUCGCAAAAUCAAUUUUCAAAAUUAUGCGAUCCUAUGUAUCUCGAACAACUUAAGGAAAAAAUGUCUGACGUAAUUAUAAGAUUAGCUAAUACAGAAAAGAGAUUGCGAGUUUGUCAAGGCUCGGAGGAUGAACCUAAUGUCGACGAAAUAAACGCGUGGCUUUUACAAGUUGAAGAGAAAUUAAAUAAAUUAGAUGCAGUUUCAAUUGAUCAACUUACUGAACAUCACUUCGAACAGUGCAAGGCUGUGCAAAGUGAAAUGAUAGAAGCAAAACCUAAAGUUAAUCAGCUUCAACGUUAUGCAUUUCAUCCCCAAGUAGCUGAAGUAUGUGAAAAAUGGGAAGUCAUUUCUAACAGAAUACAAGAAUGGAUCCACAAAAUCACAGACAAUUUAUUAGUAAAAAGUAAAGCAGAAGCUUCUAAGGGGAGAGACAAUUAUGGACACAAUAAAUUAUCUAAACAGCUUGAACAAACUUCAGCACAUUCUGCGAAAAAAGAAAAGAAAUUAAUAGAUGAGAAUAAAGCAAUUUAUGGCAUAGGAUAUUUUAAUCCUGCAUUUGAUGAUAAUCAGUGUGCUGUUAAUACACCUGAAAGCUCGCCCACUGACGUGCCUCAUCGAAGCAGGAAGUCUUCCGCUAAAUCGGAAAAAGUAACGACUAGAAUUGUGGAUGUUAGUAGAACUGUUAGACGAAAAUUAGACAUGAGUACUGUGCCCGAUGUUGUUCAAACUUCUCAACCACAAGUUGUUCAGGUUGACGACGACUUGCCUUCACCUUAUUCCGAUACAGACGUGCAUAUGACUGAUGAGGAAGAAUUCUUUCUGGCUAAAAACAGUAAAUUAUUCUCUCAAGUAUCUAGCAAUACUCUGACAGCAACAGAUACGAAAACUUUUAACACAGCUUGCGUACAGCAGAAUCCAUUUCGAAUUGUAGAAGUAAAAGAAAUGGAAAUUGUAAAAUCAGUAGCGUCUCCCGAAGAUCAUGUAAUCUUGCCGAGUGCUAAUGUUAGUGUUGGAUUAAUGCCGCAAGUAGUUGAAAGAGUGGAAAUUAUUGAGGAUACCGAGACGGAAGCUGAAUCUAUUGAUACUGACACAGAAGACAAGGAAGUCAAAGGGAAAAUAACCUCUACUACUGUUACUGCAGAACAGAUUGUUAAGAAAAAAGAACUUGUGCCAAUUUUAAAAAAGAAAGCUCCUGUUGAACUUCCUCCGCGAAAUAUUAAAAGACUUAUACUAAAAUUAAGUGAUCAGGAAAAUCUUAUCGAUUCAAAUAAAAAUAUAACUUCCAGUGAUGUAUUAUUAAAAAAUGAAGAGGUUGAUGCUGCAGGAUUUUCAAAGGCUGAAUAUAUUCAAGUUGAUCAACAAUUAAAAGAAAGAUCAAAUAAAUCACCGAGGAUAACAUCUUCGUGGAAAGACACAGAGAGUGUGGCAGAGUAUCUUAUAUUGGAUGACGAAGAAAUUGAGAAAUCUGAUAUAAAAACUGGUAAGCAAGCAAAAUAUGCUACAGCACAAAUGUCAGUGGGGACACAAGAAAAUGGAAAUAAUCAGAAGGAAAUGACAUCUAAGAAAAGUACUGAAUAUUCUAUAAUACGUGAAAAUACUGGUAAUGCUAGUCGAAGCGAAGAAGAGAAUUUAUAUAAGAAGUCACCAUUACUGAAAUAUAUGAAAAAUCUAUCAAAAGAUGACACGUUGGAAGAUUGCGAAAGCUUUUAUGGCAGUGAUAAGGAAACAGAUGAUGCGUUAAUAUUUUCGGACGAUACAGAAAUUGAUGUUGGUAGUUCCAGUUCAGAUGGAGAGGACACUAAUUUAGGAGAGCAUGUUGAGCACCUCUUGGACAAGAUGAAAGUUGAAAGAUCUCGGCCAAUUAUGCAGCAUAAAAUGGAAACAAAAGCUGUUCAUGAGAAAGCGGUAUUCAAAAAUCCAAUGGGUAUUUCUCGAACAACGUUAGAAAAAAAUAUUUUGGAAUUUGAACAAUUAGCACAAAUGAUGCUAUGCAGAAUGGAUGUUAUGUUAAUGAGUAUUAGUGGUAUUUCUAAUGAGAAAGAUCCUACCAAGCGUCUUGAGAUAUUGAAAAGUGAGAUUAGUACCCUUGCCCCAGAUGCAGCAGCUUUAAUCAGUAAGGGAGACGGUUUAGUUAUGACAAUACAUAUGAAUGAUCCUGCACGGGCAGAAAAAAUAAAACACGAACAUCAAGAUAAACUGAGAAGCAAGUGGCAUCAAGUUAUGGCGGAAAUUGAAACGCGCAGAAAACAAGCACAAAAAGCAGAAGAAGUUCUACGACAAUAUAAUAACAUAAUAACGGAAUUUGAAGAAUGGUUUAGAGAUGUACCACUGAAACUUGAACAAGCUAAUAAUUAUGAAGGCCAAUUGGAAUCAUUCACUGAAGAAUUUGAUACAAAACAAAUACAAAUACAUAAACUGAAUGAGCUAGCUGUGGAGUUAAAAAAAUUAAAUGUUGGAUAUUCGGAAUCAGUACGUUAUAAUAUCAAUAACAAUUGGCAAAAAGUUAGUUCGCAAUUCAAAAGAUUCAGUGGUAGCAAAGACAAGGACAAACAUGUGACUGAGAAGAAAGUAGAAUUGGAUACUGUUGGCGUAAAUCCGCAAGAGUUUAUCGCACGCAUCAACAAAUUGAGAGAAGCAAUAGUAACUGUAUCACGAUCUUUGAAUUCUUUACCAUUAAAUGGUAGAGACUACGAGCUAUUUACAAACCAAGAAGAAUGCUUGAAGAAAAUUAACAAUGCUUUAAAUAUUUUAAAGCCAAGUGUUGACGAAGUAAAUUACGUUUGCGAAAGCGUCACACGGCAAGCCAAGAGAGAGCAGUCUGAUCAAAUAAAACGUUUAAGUGAGAAGUUACAAGAUGAAUGGGUAAAUGUUAGUCAGAGUUAUAUGGAAAGACAUAACCGGUGGAUUAAAUGUUACGAAAAAUGGAGAGAACUUCAUAACACAUGUCGGACAUUUGCGGAGUGGUUAGAUAAAAUGGAAGAUGCUUUAAAGAAGUGCAACGUUUUCAGCCAUUCUAAAACAAGUAAAACAAAAACUUUUGAAUUAGAACAAGAAGUUUCUAGAAUGCAAAGAACGUUAAAUAAUAUCAAUAUAGCGAGUACGGAUAUAUCUAGCCGGGCUUCCACUGAAGAUGUAAUAGAAUUGCAGAAUAUAAUUGAAAAUAUUAAGCAUCGUUGGCACAAUUUAGUGACCGAAAUAAACGCACGAAAAGAAAAGAAUUUUGCUAUGGAGAGAAAAGUGAACAAUGACGGCAGGAUUUUGGAAACAGCAUAUAAUAUCAUAGAACAAGUGAAUACUCUAUUAGUAUCUGCAGCAAAUCCUUCAGAUGAAACCUCAUUAUCGAUCCGACUAUCGUUAAUCAAGGCGAGAGAAGAAGAACUUACAUCUCGGAAAAGAACUUUGCAAGCCUUAGUAAAUCAAUCUAACGUUCCUAAAGAAGAAGACGAGAGUAAUAAACUUCUCGCGGAUAUGGACAAGGCUAACACAAAUCUGUCGAAUCAUCGCGAAUACGUAGAAUGCAAGCUUGCGUCGCUUAAAAAAUACAUCUGCACCCUGGAUGCUGUUAUGGCAUGGGUUAUGGAAACGCGAACGCGAUUAAGUAUUUCUCAAGAUCUACCGCAGCACGAGCGUAAUGAAGUGAUUAAAAAUAUUAUGUCUAAAGUUAAAGACCGCGAAAUGGAAGUAAAAGAUGUGUUAGAGAAUUAUACUAAUUUGGAAAAAGAAUGUGAAUCAGCAAAACAACCAGUUUCUGUUGAAUUACAAGAGAAGCUGAAAAAACUAAGAGAAGACUGGCAAUUUGUAAAGUGUUACGGCGAAAAUGAAGCUUCAUCUACAAUUUCUGUCGGGACUACUUCAAAAGGUAAGACAAAUCGUAUCCAUUUUUUUUAG